AUGAGACAUUACGCUUUAGUACUGGUUGCGUUAGCAUUUGUUACAAUUAAUUGCGCCAAUUGUUGGGUUUUCAAUGAUAUUGAUUUCGACCAACUAGCAAGGACUGCUGGUGAUUCGGAUAAUGAAAUAUCUGAUGAAGACUUGAAACAAUUGAGAUUAGGUUUGGUAUAUCCAGGUACAAAAUGGUGUGGUCCUGGCAACAUAGCAGAUGACUACGAUGAUCUCGGUACAUCUGAAAGUACGGACGCCUGCUGCAGAUCGCAUGACCUAUGUCCAGACCUCAUCAAAGCCGGCGAAACUAGACAUAAUCUAACCAACACCGCUUUUUACACUAGACUCAAUUGCGAUUGCGAUGAGAAUUUCCGGCAGUGUCUACAUGAGGCAAAUAGCACCACAGCGAACAGAAUAGGCAUUAUCUAUUUCAAUGCAAUAGGCACCAAAUGCUACAGAGAAGACUAUCCUAUCACGUCCUGCAAGAAGAGAGGAGGAUGGCUCAAUGGAAAAUGUUUAGAAUACGAGUAUGACACCGACGGUGAAAAAGAAUACCAAUGGUUUGAUGUUCCUAAUUAUUAAAUUUUGAUCUUUAUUCGAGUAUACGUUAUUAGGCAUUAAAUUAUAUUUUAAGUGACUUCAAAAAGUGUCGUUCAAUUUUCGAUUGUAUUUUUUCAGCUUAAAAUCGGAUGGAGAUCCGAUAACAUAUUUGUUCUGUUUUUGAAAGCACAUACGUUUGUCCCAUAGAAAUUCAUGUUUAUGAGUUCCGUAGUUUGGUUUUUAAAUGAAAAUCACCAAAAGAAAUGUGUCAAUCAAUUGUGUCUUUUUAGUUAUUAGAAAUAAUAGUAGCUUCAAUUAAGUGUUUAACAUACAACUUCAUCAUCAUCUGAUGAACCAUAAUAGAACAAUGUAACCAUGUUUGUUAACUAUAGAAGUCGGUUUUACUUUGUCAUAUCAAAUUUAUUAUAUUUGAUCUUAUGAAAGUCCAUGCAAGUAUUUUACCGAAGAUUGUUGAAUAUCAUCUGCGUCAUCUAUUUUAGCCACCAAUCAGCACGCUUUAUAAAUUGCGUUCUUCGAUGAAAGGCGAGAUAUGGCAGCAAAAUUACAGGGCACGGAGACAUGACAUCUUAGUCCUCCAGAGAGGCAGCAUAUUAGGGAUACCAGUUCCGUCACAUAUUGAUGUGAUGUCAGUGAAUACAUGAGUAUUGAGUAUUCGAUAGUAGCCAUAUAUCGGGUGGGUUCGUUUGCCAUUUCAGUAUAAUAAUAAAAUAUGGUUUCAGGUGUGGGAUUUCUUAUAAACUAUGAUUUGUAUGUAUUGUUGUGAGUAAAAUUAUUUAUAUUUGAAUGAAGUUUUUAGUAUAUGACAGAUUAUUGUUGUAGUACUUAUGUAGUUACAAGUUUUUUUCGGGUUUGUUUGAUUCUUUAUUGUAACUUGAAAUGUAGUAAUUAAGUAUCCCACUACAUUGUUUUGCGUGAAUUGAGAUGAAAAGUAAGUUAGUCCAGGUUUAGGAUUAAUUUUAAAAUGAUCUGAUAAAUGAAUCAUUAUUUGUGAAACAUUCAAACAUCUUUACAGACAUUCACAUUUAUGGUAGCAAGUAGUUAAUAAAGGAAGUACGUGAAGUCUGAUUAUUUUACAUUUAUUUCUUCUUUAUAUCUUCUGUUAUUGUUUUUCAAUUUGGCAUAAAGGCCUUAAUACCUACCUUAAUACAGUAGUUCUAUGUAUACUUAGUUUUUGUUAUACCUUACUUAUAAACUUUAGAAAUUUUGUAAAGAUACAUUACUGUUACUUUUACCGACCUCGGUAGUCAAGCAGUUUAGCACACUGCCAUAUUUCCGAUGGUCCUGAGUUCGUUUUCAGUAUAUUACACAUAUUUGUUUUCAUGAGUGUUCCUAUUUGUAUUGUCUGGGUGGCAUAGACACCACCCACAAAAUACAAAUAUUAUGAGAGUAUUUAACAAGUCUAUUUUCAUCUAGCACCCUUAGUACAAUUUCUGGUUAGUUUGAUUAUUGAUAUGUCAGUUGAUUUGGAUUAUGAAUAAUAAUCCAAAUUAUAAUUUCUGGAUUAGUUUCAGAGAAUUGAUAUUUGUAUACACUAGAAUUCUUACAGUAUU